UACAUGGUAAGGGUAAUUUGUGUUAUUGACUUGACAUUUUGUUCAUUGAAGCGGAGCGACAUUUUGUUACUACUGGAACUAGUUUGUCUGCAACAAGAGCAAACCAACUAAAAACUUUGUUUUAUUCUUCAGUCAAAAAUGCGUCCUAGAAUUCAAGUAAAAUAUGUUACAGAACACAUGAACUAUUUAAAAGAAAAUAUAAACGUCAUUAAACCUGUGGUUGAAGCUUUACAAGUUGUAAGUGGCAAUACAAAACAGUAAAACUUGGUUAGAAGAUAAAAGUGACAACAAAUCUUUGACAUACUGUGAUCUAUGCCAAGAACUUGAAUCAGCGACCACAGCCAUGUUGGAUGUAGCGGAACAUAUUUUAGACGAAAAUAAAAACACUGUAGAUACUGAAGGAAGGUCAUUUUCAUAUCAGUCUACACCACAACCUACAGCAACAGAAGACCAUGGCAGUGGUGAAUCAACAGAUCAUAAUCUUAAAAAACUUCAUCAAUCAUCAGAUAUAUUAUGUCGACUUGAGCAGAUAGAGACAACCAUGUAUUCCAUACAAGUCACCAAUAUCAAAUCUACAAAUGACAUAACAGAAAUAAAACAAUGGAGAGACAACUUCGUAACAGAACAGAGUGACAUGGGGGUAAACAUUGAACAACUGACUAAAAAACAAAAGCAGAAUUUUAAAAACCUCAGAAAACAAAUGAGUGAACAAGAUAACAAAGUAAAGGAGCUGAACAAAGAAUUUGAAAGUUUAAAAGAAAACGAAUCCAAGUCCAACAAAACACUAGAGAAACUGUCUCUAGAUAUGAAAGAAUAUGAAAACAACUUACUCAAAAUAAAUAAAGAAAUACAAUUUUACAUAGUUAAAACAGACAGUAUAACUGAUGAAAUUAAAAGACAUUCUGAAAUGAUUUCCUCUUUACAAGAAGAUAACAAUAAAAUGAUGGUCAAUACAUCAACCAAACUUGAAAAGUUGCAAUCAAAGCACAAUGUGAUGUACAAAGUCCUACAACAACGAUUGAUGCCCAUUGACAAACUGAUUCAAAUCUUUAACCAGAACUUGGAAAAUAGAGAAGGAAGAAUAAAUAAGAUUGACAAUUUUGAAAAUGCUUCUUCAAUGUUUUCCAAAGAAUUUCACCUCAUCGUGUCACGUGUAUGUAACAGAUAUGCUUGUCAUGUACGGCUUGCUUAUGACACACCUGUCAGUGAAGAAUCAAUUAUUUCAACAUUUAAAGAAGUGCAUGAAUUUAACGGUCAACAUUUUAAUCAAACAACAGGAAAAUUUGUAUCACCACAUGAUGGUUUAUAUCUUGUCUGUGUAACACUAAAUGAAUGUGAAGAUAAACUGAUUAGAGUUGCUGUGUCGGCUGGAGACGUGUGGUGGACGGCUAUAGAAGUGAAAUGUGCCGCCACUAGCGCUGCUGGGUCAGUGGUUGUUGACAUGAAGAAAAGUCAAGAACUUUACUUUGUAGUGUAUCACGCAGAUCAAGGCGCAAAGUUAUCUUGGCUAAGUACUUUUACUAUCGUUAGUUUAUAGAAAUACAACACGAAACAUGAUAGAUGAAAAAUUCCCUAACCAAUAAAAUUUGUAACAAACAUAUUAAUUAUGUGAACCAUAGUACUAUUUCAUCGGUUCGAGUCUUAAAUCUCUGUGCCCGGAGAUACGGAUAAAGCGGUACUAUACACUUUACCCAAGAUUGUUAGUCCAUAAAUAAAAAUAUAUACAUUGUCAAAAUGCUGCUUUAAAUGUGCAAGUUAGUAAACUCUUUAAAUAUACAAGCUGGUAAAUUUCAUUGACUAAUUACAAACCUACACUAUCUUAGACAGAGAUAAAAUAUGCAAUUUGAAAUUAAACGAUAAUAUGUGUAUUUAGAGAACUUUUGU